UACCAACAUCAUCAUAGCGGUUUGACAUGAAAGCCCUGAAUCUUGUUUAUAUCAUUAUGGACGGAUUCCUUUUGGAAACACGUUUACUGGUCAUCCAACAAGUCCGAUACUGAAGAACGCUUUUCUCCGCUUCAAUCGACGCAGUUCAGAUAAACGGCCACAUAGAACACCCCAGAUUAUCCGCGUAAAGACCCCAUUAUAUCUCGAGCAAAAUGCAUUUUUUGAAGAGAACGUCCAUUAAACAACUCCUCCUGCCUAACAAGAUAACCCCCGUCGCGAAUUCAUCCAAACCAACUUUGAAAGGCGUUCCCUAUUUUGCAAAUUCUCGCCCCUCCAUUGGUCGACGACCUCCCAUCUAAGCCCACCCUCUGGUCCCACCUUCAUGAUCCAGUAAUAACUUCUCUCUCCCCAGAAGGGGGGAUUACGAACCUCCUCACGCGACCGAGGAUAACAUUUCCACUAAUUCGACUCGACGUCCGAGCACGCGACGACGGCUCCGCAAGUUUGUGUGUCUCGCUCGGACGAAAGUGGUGUUUUGUGGUGCGAGCGUUGUGUGUGUGUGUGUGUGAUCGUAACAGCGUCCCAUUUUUGAACGGUGUGAGCCGUUCGAGAGUGCUCCCUUCGUACGAAGAUCAACUGAGGAGGAGAAAGUUAGCUCAAGAAUCUUCAAAGGAGCCCAUAUGGGACAGUCAUGUGGAUUGUUUGAUGUGACCAAGUCUUGAUUACGUCUGCAAUGCUUCCAUCGUAAUCACCGAUACCGUCUCGCAACCUUCCACAUAGAGAACGAUGCCAGUGACACCACGGAAUCGAUACACUGACGACGCCUUCUUCCACAAGAAGGUCAUUGAGCUUGUGACUAUGGAACCCGCAGAGUCCCGGAGGUCUUCUCUACAACGUCAUCGGCGUGAUCCCGAAAUGGACCAAGAUGUCUGUUCCGGCGAUGAAGACGUGUCAUGUACAGAGGCAGACCAGCUGCAGAACAAUCCAGGGAUACAGGCUGCAGUCAGCAAGGUGCUUCAGAGUUACGAUUGGUCACUCGUGGCCAAGACGACCAAACAGCGUGCUUCUGAAAAGAAAAGACAGCACGUGAAAAGGCCCAUGAACGCUUUUAUGGUCUGGGCUCAAGCAGCGAGAAGGAAGUUGGCCGAUCAGUAUCCGCAUCUACAUAAUGCAGAACUCAGCAAGACACUGGGGAAGCUCUGGAGAGUGUUGGGAGAUGACGAAAAGCGCCCUUUCAUGGAAGAAGCGGAGCGUCUCCGUUGUAAACACAAGAAAGACUUCCCCGACUACAAGUACCAACCCAGAAGGCGGAAAUCAGCCAAAGGACAUGUAAGCGAAGAGUCAAGCUCUGCAGGACCCAGAGUAAAGAACCAUUCUCCGAGAAACGCCGAGGCUACCACUUCAACAGCCACGAGAAACAUAGAACAAAGCAGCGACUCAGCUCCGAAUCAUCCUUGCCAAGUCCACACACAACCAUCGCUGUACCCACCCUCUACCAGCCCACCAACUCCGCCUGCAACUCCUCAGCACCACCGAUUUGGCCCGGCGUCAAUCAACGCAGUACACGACGUCCCGGUGCACACUGUUGAUGCUGUUGGCAGAGGUGGCCAACCUCCCCUGACGUCCACCUGCAAGUACGAGACCAGUGUCGAUCAGAGCGGUCAUCAGAACAGUCACGGAUUGUCGAGCAUGAGUGACUCUUAUGUCCACUUAGGCUUAACUCCGACUGGGUCUCAAUACCUGGCCCCACCUCCGAACCCGUCUUGGGCAACGCACCAUCAUCAUCAUAGAUUUGCAGACCAGUUCUCUCAGGACAGGUUCAGAAUGCCAGGUUGCUUUGGAAGGGAGGAUUUAGAGAGCGGUGCUCUCGGCCCUGGAGGAACGAUAGACAGAACUCACGCCACGUCAACUGGAAAUUCUACGUUGGACCUGUACAGGAACAACUACGGAGCUGAUUUCCGUCGACCAUCCACGGGAUUCGUGGACACCGAUGGCUACUCUCGGCUCCAAAACUGUCCCGUCUUUCCUCACGUGGUCGGUCAGGAACAGGGAAUCUUCCAAGACUCUAGGGACAGUUCUUCAACAACUUGUGCCUAUGGUCAGACUUUGGGCCAUUUUCUAUCACCCAGAUGAAGGGCUCCUGCUAUGGCUUUCAUUUGGUAAUCGAGUGGGAAAGAUGUCUCGCAGAAAAGUGCCUCAGUGAGUGGAUUUAUCGGGACGCCAAGCAAUAUGCUUUUUAUGAUUUAUGAACAACUUUUUACGUGAUGAACCUGAAAGUGUUGUAGAAAAACCGUAUUUCCUUAUGGGUUAUAUUCAUUCUUCUAUGCGAACGCAUCUACGUGAACGGACAACCAAUUUAUUUUCACGGAACGACAGUUUUGCCAAAGAUGGGUCGGGAAUCGUGCAAUGCUUUGAAUGCAUUGCUUUGUUUUGCGAGCGUGUUUUUAUAAUGUGAAACCUACUAUUGCAUUUAUAAAAUAAGUGCAUUUCGUGUGUCAUUGAAAGGUGUCCCUGUGUCUUCAUGGACAUGAUUUGCUCAAUAUUCGCCCUCCAAACACUCUAAUACCACCAUUAAAGGUGAGCGCGGACAACAUUCACAGUAUCAUCAACCGCACGUAAGAUCCGCGCUAGUAGACAUAUAUCCCGAGUCGUUAUAUUUGUAAGAAAAAAUCCGCAUAACGAAAAUCUUACGAACGUUUUCAUUUUUCAGCAUGCAAACCACAUUAAUUAUUUCACCCUGUAUUCUCCAAUAAGAUGUUGUUAAAGGCGCAGCAAUGCACUGUGUGGCUCCCCCUAGUGGACAUCGGCAGGGAUGCAUCCCUUCUUGAAUGUGACAACCGGCGGACGAUAUCGUGACAUGAAUACGGCAGAAGCGUAUCGGUAUGUAAACAAUCUGCUCAACAGAUGGGACCAUCGGGUAAACACAAGUGCAAAUCACGUGCUGCUAUAUUUCUCGCCAGGAAACGUUGAGUUUAGAAGGCAUACAAGUCGAGUCCGAAAGCUCAAGAAGAGAUGCAGGCUCUAGGUGGCAACUGUGUACAUUGUUACAUAGUUACAAGUUCACUCUAGUGUAACUAGAGGGCAUUGAAACUUGAGGGCCGCACCCGUUAUGGCCCUCGUACGUGGGCCAAUCGCAACGCUCAUUUGCUGCUCAUUUGAAAUCUCAACCUAUCAAAACGUUCAUGUCGCCCACACUCAUCAUCAUUUAAAUAAAGUUGUUGUUCAUGUGUGACGUUUGGAGCACGCCAACUUUCAAGACAACGCGAUGACACUUACUGUGCGCGAGUUCAAAGUUGGCAUCCAGGCACAAUUACAUGUUCUGUGUUCGACCAAGGGAUAAAAACGACGACGACGAGGAAGAGAAACGGGGAAUCGAACGGAGAGCGCGUGCAUCAGUGGCAAGGUAGUUGAGCUAUUUGAACAGUUGAACAGUCAGGCUUGUACUAGAGACAGUGCUUCAAGUUUGUACAGGUAUUCGAUUUGGGGUUGCAUUAAAUCCUUUGGUUUUGUUGCUUUUCCAUGUCUCGUCUCGUUCCUCUCUCGUCCCGCUGGCAUAGCUCUCGGGAACCCUUAGGUGGGAGGAUAUGAGGAACAAGAGACCAGUGGAUUGGACCAGGUUGUUUGCACAUUCGGCUGGCCCCUCCCCCAAAUACGGAGGUGCGCCUCACACUACUAAUGGCGAAUUCGCGUGGUCGUCUCAUGGCAACACGUCCUAAUGCUCCGGAAUUCCUAGGCGCCCGCGAUGAAUCGAGUGACCGUUGGCACCCGAACAUGAGCGCCAGAAAUGUAGAGGUUUUAGUUUAGGUUUGCCUAUUCCCUUUUGAAUCAGGGCAGGUAUCUCAGGAUACCACAGGCUGAAGUCAGGGCUGCCUCUGUGGCUUUCCCGGGCUCUCCGUUAGGGUCCGCUUCAGCUUCCGUUCGUCCACCCGAGUGGGAGGCUUGCUGCGCUAGUUGGUCUCUGGUAGGUGGCGCUUCUAGAAAUUCAAAACUGGACCAUCCUGUUUCUCCUUGAACCGCAGCAUUCGCUGUUGCCAUUUUUCGUUCCAAUGAUUUGAUCGUGUCGUUACGGCACUUGAUUGGCGUUCGGGACGGCAACUGUUUUCCAAAGUAGGGUCCCUAUACGGUGUACGGAUUAUACGAAUGUCGAGCGAGUCAUGGCCUUUCCUUCUGGUGCUCGUUGUUGUCACCCCCUUUUCAUGUUCUUCUAGGUAGUUUACUUGAUUUUGUAGAGUUAUUCACCCCCACGACGCAGAUGUGACGACACCCGUCGCUUCGAGGUCGGAAAGUGGAAAAAGUGGCAAAUUUCUGCCGCUCCGAAAGUGCCACGCGACCAUGCGCCAUCUGGGAAAAAAAGUUGUCACCAAUUCGACGUGCGUAUAUUACGUCCGCUGAAAACCAAGUGAGGUUUACUAUAACGUACGCUGUCGCCUUUGCGUACGUAAGGGAUAGCGUUUGUAGUUCUGCGCACACUGAAGACACAAGCAGAGCUUUGCGCCUUGCGCAGCACCACCACCACGCUGUGCCUUACAUACCCAAAGACGACAGCGUACGUUAAACUCGCUAUUGCUGCAACGGAACGCCCUUCCGGAAGGUACACGUAAGACGCACCUUUUAGACACCGAUAUGCUUCUGUCGUAUUCAUGAAAACGCGGCUUUUGUCUGGCCAUGGAGCAGGUGUUCUUUUCUCAUCCUGUUCAACCAAUUUCGGGGGUUAUUUGCCGGUAUCGAAAACGAUUUUCCUCGAGUUGCCUCCACAGAAGUAUUAGAAAUUAACUUCUUCCCGAUCCCGAGGUUACACGGACAAAAUAAUAUCCGAGAAUAAAAUGCGUAUUUCUUUAUUGGUAAUAAAAUUUGACUUUUAACUAGGAGAAAUUUAUGCUACUGUAAGGUUGUUAUGAGAUGACAAACUUUUCGAGCACUGUUUUCACGGUAAUCUUCGUCUACAGCAUAGAUGGCUUACCUUUCCAAAUGCAGCCUGACGCUUCUCUGCAAAUAAGAAAUUGCUCUGUCAAGUAGUGGAUGGCCAAUUUUUCUUCUUUGUUCCUCUCAGACACUUGGAAAAUUAGUCGCCGCCGCUAUUUAAUAAUUACGAACCUCGUUGUGAACUGCCUAUGUGUACUCAUGAUGUUUGAUAGGUUUGUUAUACCGCACACGUUUGGGGGGGGGGGGGGUUGAAUUCUAUCAGCAGUUAUACUGCUCACACAUAUUGUUCUAUGCAAGGUACAAUCAUUGCUUUCUCGAAGACUACCAUUUCUUCCCUCGCCUAUCAAAAUAAUUGGAAGCGCUGCACUGGGAAGGGGGAGACGCAAGACAAACACACAGGACACUGUUUAUUUCCAGAAACGGAAAAACGAAUAAGGGACUGAAAUACGUCUAAAACAGUUGAUGAUUAAAGCUCGUCCUGUGUGUCCACUUUGUCUCAUCCCAGUAACGGGCGCUCGGAUUUAUUUUCAUCUGUGGAUAACCAACUAUAGCCAUAGGUAUACGCAUGAACACCAUAAACGGUCACCGCAACGAACGCCACAAAACAAAUAACGGAUUGGAUUGGAUUGGCCUUUAGCGCCCUGCGUUGACCGCUCGAGGUACCGACCAUGGUUGCUGACUUGUUACUUCUUUUAUGACGGAGCCAGCGAGCGCGGCAGUGUAUUGCUCCGUUGCGUUGUUCCGCCUCUGAGCGUUGUUCCGUCGUCUGCUCUUACGGUGUCUUGCAGCUCGGGUGUACGGCACUGUGCACUUUUAACAGUAACACGACCUCCGUACAAUCGGUGGCCCCAGUAGAAAGUGCGCAAGGGUUCCCGACAAUGCGAGUUGCAAACAUGAAGGUCAGGUUUUGACUUACAUGUUUAUACUACUCGCAUUGUGGCGAACCCUUGCGCAAUUUGCUGGAGGCAUUCCUUUAAAACCCAUAGAAACUUUUUUGCAGUGUUUGUUUUCUUCUCAGCACAGCGAUGUAUGCUUAGAUUUAUUUCUGCUCUGACGCUUCAGGCCAACAUACUGAUUGUUAUAGUGGGAUGUGACUGUCAUUGCUGACUUUUGUAUUUUGACUAAUUUGGGACAAGUAUUAAUAUUGUUCUCUUCUGUAAUAGCUUCGUCUCUCGGAGGAAUACAUAAAUAAAUAAACAAAUUUUUCAAACA